AUGAUACUGUUCACACUCGGACUUACCUCUGGCCGAUUCCAUCACAUCACAUGUUAUUGCUGUAAUGUGCAGGUUAAACGUGAUGCCGAGACUGGAAUUAGUCGAGGAUGUGCUUUUGUUACAAUGCGUUCUCUAGCAGAAGCUAGAACAGCUAUCGAUGCUCUGGAUGGAUUUGACUUGGAUGGGCGUGAAGUGUUCGUUAAACUACUCUCCUCUUGCUGCGCUAAUAGGAAAAAUGUCAAACUGACCCAUAUAACGCCCAUGAAGAACCACAUCUUCGAAAGCCCACACAAGAUCUAUGUUGGCAACCUUGCAUGGUCUGUUCAGCCUCAAGACUUGAGGGAGCACUUCACUCGGUGUAGAAAUGUUGUUAGUACGAGGCUGCUGACAGAUCGCAAAGGAGGGAGAAACCGUGUCGAUGGGUUCCUUUCGUUUUCUUCAGCUGAAGAGCUUGAGGCUGCGUUAAAGCUUGACAGAACUGUUUUCCAUGGACGGGAUAUCAUCGUCAAGGAAGCUCAUGUAGAACGUCAGCGUCAGAUGAGCUGAGCCGUUGUGUAUUACACAUGAGGACUAUUCCAUUUUUGUCUGGCUUAAUGGCUGAUUUUGUUCAUGCACCAGGCACAGGCCGCACAGCUAACAAACACGCUCUCUUCUGUAUGGCAAAAAAAAAGAAAGCGUAACUGAGUAUGGCGGCAGCAAUUUUGUUAAUA